AUGGAGUCGCACCAGCUCAAGAAUCGCGCCGUCUCGGCAAACGCAGAGGUCAAUGGGAUGAUCGGCAGCAAUGACCGCGAUGUCAACGCUCUGGCGCGACUGGGAAAGAAGCCAGUUCUGAGGCGAACAUUCGGCAUCCUAUCCACGCUCGGAUUCAGCUGCACGAUUCUGGCGACAUGGGAAGGCCUAUUCGAUGGAGGGCCCGGCGGAGCCGUCUACGCCUUUAUCUUCGCCUGGACAGGAACCGCAUGCUGCUUUGUCGUUCUCUCCGAGCUCGCCUCCAUGGCCCCAACCGCCGGAGGCCAAUACCACUGGUGCGCAAUGCUCGCUCCGCCCCAUCUCAUGAAAUUCCUCAGCUACAUGACAGGAUGGGUCACCGUGAUCGGCUGGCAGGCCGCCUUCGCCUCGGCCUCGUUCCUGGCCGGCACCCAGAUCCAAGGCGCCGUCCUCCUCGCGCAUGAGAAUUACCAGCCGCAGGCCUGGCAGGGCACCCUCAUCAUGUGGGCGGCGGUCCUGCUGGCGCUGGGAAUCAACGUCGUCGGCGGCAAGCUGCUCCCGCGGCUGGAGACGGUCAUUCUGGUCAUCCAUCUGGUGGGCUUCUUCGGCAUCCUCAUCCCCAUGACCUACAUGGCCAACCACAAGACCACCCACGAGGUGUUUCAUGAUUUCGUCAACUCCGGCGGCUUUCCCACGCAGGGCUUGUCGUGGUUUGUCGGUAUGACGGGGUGUGUGUUUGCGUUUGCUGGCGGCGACGCCGCGGUGCAUAUGGCUGAAGAGGUGAAAAACGCCCCCGUCGCAAUCCCACGCGCAAUUUUACUCUCGGUCCUCAUCAACGGCGCCCUCGGCUUCAGCAUGCUGAUCGCCGUCCUCUUCUGCAUGGGCGACGUCGACGCGGCCCUGAACACCCCAACCGGAUACCCCUACAUGGAGAUCUUCUACCAAGCGACCGACUCGCUCUCCGGCGCCCUCGGUAUGAGCUCCAUCCUGCUGAUCAUCGGCGUCUGCUCCGUAAUCGGUAUGCUGGCCGCCACAUCGCGCCAGUUCUGGUCGUUUGCGCGCGACCGCGCCGUGCCCGGCUGGCGCAUCUGGAGCAAGGUCUCCCCCGUAAACUGCCUCCCGACCUACUCGAUCCUCCUGACAAUGACCGUCUGCUGUCUCCUGGGCCUCAUCAACAUCGGGUCCAGCGUCGCGCUCAACGCCGUCGUCUCGAUGGCCGUGUCCGGGCUGUAUCUGUCCUACCUCAUGGUGGGCAGUCUGCUGCUCUACCGGCGGUGCACGGGCGCCAUCUCGGCGUACGACCAGGGUGGCGACGGCACUGUCAACGUUCCCGGCGCCCAGCUGGUCUGGGGACCGUUCCAUGUGCCUGGGAUCUGGGGCAAGGCGGUCAACGGCUACGCGGUGGUGUAUAUGAUGAUUGUGGUGUUUUUUAGUUUCUGGCCGUCGCAGAUGGAGGUCGACAAGACGACGAUGAAUUUUAGUGUCGUUGGCACGGUGGGCACUAUUGUCCUCGCUGUGGUGUAUUAUGUUCUGCGGGCGAGGAAGGUGUAUCAAGGGCCUGUUAUGGAGGUUUCGAUUUGA